AUGGCUGAGGUAGACUUGUCAGAGAGCAAUGGUGGUGCUCUUGUAGCCACCGCCGUUACAUUCCUUAUUCUCUCUUGGUUCUCUGUCGUUCUCCGCGUCUAUGUUCGUGCUUUCAUGACCAAGGGUUUCCAAGCAGAUGACUGGCUCAUGCUUGUUGCCCAGGCAAGUCUCGCCUGCCCCACACUCCAGCAGAAGGAAGAGAUAUCGGCUUUAAUGUACCAAGCUCUCGCCACGGCAACAUAUGUCCUUAACAUGCUCUUCAUCAAGCUGAGCAUCGGGUUCUUCCUGUUGCGACUGUCGACUUCCAUGGUUUACAACUGGAUAAUCUACGUCAGUUUGGCGAUUAUUACUGUCUGGAGCACUGUUAUCUUCUUCUGGAAUAUAUUCCAAUGCUCUCCGGUAGAGGCGCAAUGGGACUACACAAUCUUGAACUCCCAGUGCGUGUCGCCAAACGCGGUUGUUGCAGCAGCCUACUCAAUCAGCGUCAUGACUAUCCUGAGCGACUGGCUUUACGCUCUGAUUCCUAUCCCUCUUAUCUGGAAUGUCAAGAUGUCGAAGCAGGCCAAAGCUACCGUGAUUGUGAUUCUUGGCCUGGGUAUCUUGUAG